UAUUAAUUGGACGUUAGUUAAUUUUAGAGAAUCUUAGUGAAAUUUAAUAUAUAAAUAAUAUUAAUCGGACGUUAGUUAAUUUUAGGGAAUCUUAGUGAAAUUUAAUAUUUAUAUGUUUCGACACGUAAAAAAUUAUUGUUAAUGUUUAUGAGUUAAUUAAUGCCAUUAACGUAAUAAUUUAGUGUAUUUAUUGUUGAAAUGAUUAAUGAGAUUAUAUUGACAUAUUAGUUCUAGUGAAUUAAUUGCAUUAAACUUUAAUUAGUGAAAUUUAAUAUAUUAAUAAUACUCCACAUAUGUUGGUAAUGUUUAUAUAAUUCAGAGUUUUUAACCUGUAUAUUUUUUUAUUAUAAUAUUCAAGCAUAAUGUAUUGACAAAAUAGAUUUUGGAUGUAUGAUAAACAUUCGGUAUUGUACACCCGACUUAUAUGAGUGGUGAUAAAAUCAGAUAUCCAUGUUCAAAGUGUAAAAAACUCAAAUUUAAACACCCAGACGAAGUUAGGUGGGAUUUGUACGUGGGCGGUUUCGUUCCCAAUUAUUAUAAUUGGACUCCCUAUGACGAACCUUUGGAUCCAUCUGUUUUACCACAAACGGUAGGUUCGUCUCGUAACGUCCCUGCAUAGAUGAGUGCGUGGGUAGACCCUGUUGAAAUGAGAUGAGAGCAACGUAUGGUAUAUGUGCAUACGGUGCAUCGAUGUCUCAGUUCAACCCCUCACAACCAUCUAACGAUCUUGCUGAAGCCUCGACCUCGUAUCAACCAGAUGAGGAUGAAAAUCUGAUACUUUAUCAAUCUUAUGUGGAUGAAGGUUUAGCUGAGAAAUAUCAAGAUGUUUUAGUGUGUCCGAAAAAAUGUAUGUUGUUCUGAAAGGAUGAUGAGACACUUGAAUUCUGCAAGUUCUGUUGUGGAAACAGAUACAAACUUGUUCCUCAAACUAAAAACAAACCACGAAAUAAGUCAGCAUUAUCUAAACUGUAUUACCUCCCAAUAGCUUCACGACUUUAGAGGAUGUACGCAUGGACAUCAACUGCGAAACACAUGACAUGGCAUGUCGAGCACGAAACCAAAGAGGGUAUGAUGUCUCACCUUUCGGACUGUGAAGCUUGGAGACACUUUGAUCGUUGUCAUUCUCAGUUUGCAAUGGAGCCACGAAAUGUGCGACUGGGAAUGUGUUCAGACAGAUUUGCUCCAUUUGGAAGAAUUGGGAAGAACUAUUCAUGUUGGCCGGUCAUGUUAAGUCACUUUAUCUUUUUGACUUUAAAUUGUCCGGAUCCCAAUCUCCAACCUCUAUCGAGGAGAUGAAAGAAUUUUGGGCCAUCUGGACACCAACUUAUGAUGUUUUAAGGGAUUAAAAUUUUUAUAAUGAAAGUUGCCAUCAUUUGGACCAUUACCGACUUCCCUACAUAUGACAUACUUUCGGGGUGGAGCACACAUGGUUUUAUGGGAUGUACGAUAUGCAUGGAGAAAUCAGAUGCCAAUUGGCUAACUUUCUGUAAAAAAUCAAGUUACUUUGAUUGUCACUGCAAGUUUCUCCCGGAAAACCACCGAUAUCGAAAGGACAAAAUCUUUCAUUAGAGGUAGAGUAAUACGAGACACCCCACCCCCGAGAUUGACCGGGGAAGCAAUUUUUAAUCGGGUUUAACGUGUUCCUACGGCUGUGCAAGAGCAAAAAAAAAAGUCAUAUGGGUUUUGUGAUACCCAUAUGCGGACAAAGAGGAGUAUAUUUUAGGAGUUACCAUUUUGGAAAGACCUUCUCAUUCGUCACAAUAUAGAUGUCAUGCACACUGAGAAGAACAUGUUUGACAAUAUAUUUAACACAAUGAUUGUUUUCAAAGGCAAAAUUAAAGACGGUCUUGCAUCUAGAAAAGAUAUGAAUAUUUGGUAUGCCAGACCCGAACUUUCUGUUGAUCUAGAAUAUCAGGGUAACAAUAUUCCAAAAACAGUCUACCAAGUCACAGAAGCACAAAAGGAAUAAAUAUUACAAUGACUUGUGUCUCUGAAGUUUCCAGAUGGCUACUGCGCUAACUUGUCCAGAUGCCUGGACAUGAGCAAACUUACAACGACGUCGAGCAUGAAAACUCACGAUGCUCAUGUAAUCAUGCAAAGACUUCUCUCAAUUGCACUGAAAGAGAUGCUUCCUGAACACGUAUGGUCCAGCAUUACUGAAAUCAGUUUGUUGUUUCAGUCGAUAUGUUCCAGCAUUUUGGAUGCAGCAUCCCUCCGGAGACUAGAAGAAUUUCUUGGAGGGUUGAAUAAGAAAGUGACCAACAAGGCACACGUUGAGGCUUCAAUUUUUCAAGCGUAUAUUCAACAAGAAAUCUCAACGUUCUCAUCUUUUUAUUUUGAGCGUGAAGUCAUCACUAGAAGAAAGAUACCUGUCCGGAACGAUGACAUUUGCGAGAAUUUAUACGAAAAUGUAGUUUUCAUUUUCAAUUACCCAGGUAGAGGUAAAAGAGCUGCCACAAACCGAUACAUCGUGGGUGGAGAAUUACAAAUUUCGCAUACUUAUAUCCUCAUGAAUUUUCUUGAAAUCUUAGUGUUUUAUCAGUAAGUUAAAUUUGUAGUUAUAUUUUUAAUAUAUAUACAAUUAAGGUAGUUGAUUUAUAUUAUUUUCAUGUUUGACUUCACAGUGAAUUUAGAACGGAGUUCUCAGCAUUCCCUGAUAAUGAAAUUGAUGCAAUGGUGGACUCUGAUUUUGUACUGUGAUACAAGUAUCAGUAUAUAUAUAUACACACAUUAAUUAUAUAUAUUUUUAAGUAAUAUUUUUUAAUAAUUACCCAAUAUUAUCAUGUUUUAAUUUACAGAUCAAUAGCCGUGGGAUUGUGGACCCUCUGUUAGUAUCAUUUUUUUGAUAAAAUGUAAAUAUAUAUAUAUACAUCUAGAAAAUAGCAUAAUACAAUGCAUCAAUCCAAAUCAAAUGAUUAUCUAAGCUAGAUAUAAUGCAUCAGAAUGGGACAUCCCCCAUAUCAUAAAAUCAGUAAUUUAAAAAUCACCAUAAAUCAACCCAAGAGAAAUCAGCAGCACACAAAAUGGAACCUACCUCCUUUAAUUUUUUUUCAUGAAACCUGGUUAUCUAAGGAUACCCGGGCGGGUACUCGAUUCUGGGCCAAAUCUCCUUUCUAGCAUGCUUGGCAUCUUUCGUGGCAGCCCUUGUAGCCGACAAGGUUGUCGGUUUGGCAGCUUGCGUGGCAGCUGAUUUUUUCUGACACAGUGGGUUCCUUUUGUGGCACUUUAGCAUGCAUCUUUGAAGGCUUAGGGACAACCCGAUUUUUCUCCAUCUUGUCAGAACUUACCCCCUCCUCUAUAAUCCUGUCAUGACCGGCCAACAUGAAUAGUUCUUCCCAAACCUUCCAAAUGGAGCAAAUCUGUCUGAACACAAUCCUAGUCGCACAUUUCGUGGCUCCAUUGCAAACUGAGGAUGACAACGGUCAAAGUGUCUCCAAGCUUCACAGUCCGAAGGGUGAGACAUCAUAUCCUC